GAGAGAGGGAUGGGGAAGGGAGAGGGUGAGGAAGGGAGGUGGAGCGAGGCUUUUACUACAGUCUGUGUGUCGAGGAGGCUGCCAGUGAGGAGGAGAGUGGUGGAGAGGAUGCUGGAUGCUGGAUGCUGAGACGGUGUUGCUGGUGUUCCACUUUCUGUCACGCUGAAACUGCUCACGUCCUGACGGGAAAAAAAGACCAAGAACACAUCUGUGUGAACGCCGCAGUUGGAUUGGCUGAAUGAUGAACAUGUCUGGCGGCGCCCCGGGGGACGAGCUCACGGAUGAGGAGAAGGAGAUCAUCAACGGCGUGCUGGCUCGGGCUGCCAUGAUGGAGGCCAUGGAGCAGCAGAGGAUUGAGCAUCUUUCCAGCCGCCUGGAUAAUAUCAAGAAGACGGCAUGUGGUGACGGACAGUCGCGCUGUCUGCUGUGUGGGGAGGCCUUCGGACCACAGGGAGUCACAGCUGUCCUGUGUGUACAGUGCAAAAAACACAUGUGUUCUAAAUGUGGGAUCAGGAGCAACAGCAGGACGAGUCCGAUGUGGCUAUGCAGGAUCUGCAACGAGCAGCUUGAGGUGCAGAAGCGUUCUGGAGCUUGGUUCUUUAAGGGAAGAGGCCAACAGAGUCUACCGGCUCCUCUGCAGCUGUCCAGACCCAGACAGUCCAGCACAGACAGCACAGAGUCUGGUCCAGGAGGAAACGAUGGAUCUCAGGGGCCUGCAGCACAUCAUCAGGGACAGGAGCUUGGUGCAGAGCCACAGCAGCAACAGUCCUGUGGAUCAGAACAAUGGGAGCAGACAGCAAGAACAACAGCUGCCAGCUGUAAUGAGACUCAGUCCCGUCCAGCAGCUGUAAUGAAGACGGAGACACAAGUGUUAGCCUCCAAACCGCCUCGGGCAAACUCGCAGCAAGUGGCCCCCACCUCAGAUGUGGUUAAUAAGCUCCUAGAGAAGGAAGAGCCAAUGUCUCUGCCAGCUGUGGAGGAAAAGAGACAACCGGUUGUUUCCAGCUCUACUGCAUCUCAUAUUCCUGCAGCCAGAAUUAAUCCACCUGUAAACCCACCUGCCAACAACCCUACCCCUCCGAGACCCACACAGGAUCGAACAGAGGACGAAGACAAUGAAUACGACUCAGAUGAUGCCACUACUCUGGGAUCGCUUGAAUUCAGCCUUCUCUAUGAACAGGAGAACCACGCCCUACACUGCAGUAUAGUUAAAGCUAAGGGUUUGAAGCCUAUGGACUCAAAUGGACUUGCAGACCCAUAUGUUAAACUGCACCUGUUACCUGGAGCCAGUAAGUCCAACAAACUUCGUACCAAGACACUGAAAAACACCCUGAAUCCAGUGUGGAAUGAGACUCUGGUCUAUCAUGGCAUCACGGAUGACGAAAUGUCACGCAAAACUCUCCGGCUGUCGGUGAGUGAUGAGGACAAGUUUGGACACAAUGAAUUUAUUGGAGAGACACGAGUGGCCCUGAAGAAAUUGAAGUUCAACCAGAAGAAGAAUUUCAAUGUAUGUUUGGAGAGAGUGAUCCCGGUGAAAAAGUCUGUGGGAGGAUCAGUCCGUGGCAUGGCUCUCUAUGAGGAUGAUCUUCAAGAAGGCGAGGACUCAGAGGAGAGGGGUCGAAUCCUGGUAUCACUGAUGUACAGCAGCCAGAAGAGUCAUCUCAUAGUGGGCGUGGUCCGCUGUGCACACCUUGCUGCCAUGGACUCCAACGGAUACUCAGACCCGUUUGUUAAAGUAUAUCUGAAGCCAGACAUGGGAAAGAAAGCUAAAAACAAGACACAGAUAAAAAAAAAGACCCUCAACCCAGAGUUUAAUGAGGAGUUCAGUUAUGAAAUAAAGCAUGCUGAGCUCGCCAAGAAAACCCUUGACAUCUCAGUUUGGGACUAUGACAUGGGGAAAUCCAAUGAUUUCAUUGGGGGAUGUCAGUUAGGCAUCCAGGCCAAAGGAGAGUGUUUAAAGCAUUGGUACGAAUGCCUCAAGAACAAAGACAAGAAGAUUGAGCGCUGGCAUGUUCUGCUAAAUGACAACACUGUCCAGUUUGAAGACUGAAACCUCUCCGGCUGUUAACUGUAUUUUCUUUCCAUCUUGUUCUCCCUGUAGAAUAUUGUCUUCCAGUGAGUAGGCUGAUGUUUCCUCCCUGCUUUUAUGUAGUGCCAUGUGAGAACUACGUUUCCAGCAGUUUACAGGUGACCAACGUGGAUGUCGACCUCUGGGCUUUUUGUUUAAAAAAAAACAACACACCAAACAAAAGAGGAAAGCUAAUCAUAUCACAAACUGUGUCAUAUCAGAUAUAACCCACACCAGUGCUGCGGUUAUAAUUCAACUUUGCAAUUAUCAUGUUUUAUGGAGUACAUAAAACCCUUGUUAUCAUGAACUCGGUUGUUAUGACCUGUGCUCAGACCCAACAGCGGGAAUUCAAUAAUUCUGUCUCUGACCUCUUUCCUCCAUAUUGAUCUGUGUUUCUAUCCAAUCAGAUCACGUGUUAUCAGCUCAUCUUCCACGCUGUUCAUGCAUCUCCAAGUUCAAGUGCAAGUUUAUUUAUGUAGCAUCUUAUCAGACAAAGGCUCUCCGCAGAGCUUUACAGGCAAAGAUAAGAACAAUAUACAUGUAAAAUAAAUGUGCACACAAGUUUAAAACAACAUUUAUAGAAUUAAUAAAAGUGUCAUAAUAAUUAAAAACAGCAAAAAGCGCAGUCUUUAAUUUAGUUUCAAAAAUAGCUCUUAGUGAAGUACUUUUACUUAAGUGCUGUGCAUAAGCACAAUUUUGUGUUACUUAUACUUUACUUAAGUACAGUAUUUCUGCUGUUCUCCUACUUCAUAUUUUCUUACCACUCUGUUUCAGAGGCAAAUAUUUCACUUUUCACCUGCAAAUUUAGCUUAAUAUUACACAAUCUAAUCAAUUGUGAUGUAAUGUUUUAGAUUAAGAUAAAACUUUAUUGAUCAAUGAGGGGAAAUUCUCUGACAACCCAGCAGAUAAGAGAAUCACCUUUACAAGCUCCAACAUCACCGUUAUUAACUUAAUGACGCGUCAAUAAUCAUAAAAAAAUAUAUCAGAUACAUCAUGCCAAUCGCCUGAUGAGUACUUCUACUUCAGAGAUUUAUUUUGUUUAUUUAAAACCUUGGAAACGACAAAGAGGGACAACCCUAAUUUUCAGCAGUACCUGAACACAUACAAGAAAUGCAGACACACUUAAAAUUAAAUAGCAAUAAGAGUAAAAUACAAACUUUAGCAAUGCUAAAAAACAUAGUUUGUAUUUGCAUGCUAAUUAAGAGAAGUAAGUAAAAUUUAAAUGCAGUACUUUUGCUUGUAACUGAAUAGUUCUACUCUGAGGUAUUUUCUGAGAGGCUGAUUAUGAGGGAAUGUUUGCAUUUUUCUUGUUACUAUGGCUUGAAUUUUUAAUCUGCUGGUUGUAUUGACCUAUUGCCUGGAAAAUCCAGACUGACUUUAUUUAUGUAUUAAUAUAAAUACAAAUAAAGGCAGUCUGGCAUUGUGAUGAUAGGAGACGAUUUCAAAAAGGAGGGGCUAACGAAUGCAGCUUGAACGAGAAAGAACCAAUCAGCGUAACACGGAUGUGACGCACAAACAAAUCGACCUGGAAGUCCAUAUAGUCCAAACAACAAUGGCAUGCAGCCGAGAAAGCGUCGCGGUGAAUAAUUACUGCCAUUUUUGUCACAAAAAUCUGCGAAUACAUGAGGUACUCUCAAGUACAACACUUAUUUUUGAAAAGGCUACGCAACAAAAGACUCCUUCCGAACGAUUAGCGGUGUUAGGAAUAACUUUAAAUCGGAGCCAAACCAAGUCGGUGCGUAUGUGUAAAAGUUGCUUAAAUUUACUCACACGUUUGGAACGGGAUUUUCUUCUGUACAAACAAUGGCAAGAAGCCGAAAGUAACGAGCCAUCCACUGCCUCCUCAUCAUCAGAAACGUCAAGUGAAAAGAGGCAACGACUAACGCCAUCCAAAACGCCAAGAGACCACAAAAAGAUUCGCUUUGGCCCCCCUCCUCCUCCUCCGGCAUCAUCUUCGAGGCGCUGAAGAUGAUGCAGCAUUAACUCCCGCCUCCCGUGCUAUGAUUGGUCGUACCAAACUGUACCGGGAGGGAAACGCGAUUCAAUUCGCCCAAUGCCAAACUGACUCUCCUGUAUCUCCUAACAUGGAGAUAGGAGAUUACAUGGAGAUUCAGUUUGGAUUUUCCAAGCUAAUUGAUCUAUUUUGCAUGUAAUAAUGCGCGAAUAAUGUCUAUUAGUAAAAACCCAUAUUUCCAGUGCAAUAAUUUAUUUAUAUCCAAAGCCUACCAAACUGGUUUUAUCACUUGAUCAAAUCAAUCAUAGUUUUGUUUACAUAUCUCAAGUCAUGCAUUAAAUACAACUACAAGUGUUGAGCCUAAAGAGUUCAAUUAAAGAUUAAUAUAAUGAUAAUCAGUAAAGAUUAAUAUUCAAUAUAAAAGAAGCUUUUUAAAUAAAGAAAAAAGAAUCUGGAAUGUUGUGUUUUAGUUUUAAUUUUGUUCAUUUGAUUUAAAUUAUAUUAGUGUUAGGAAAUGGGGUGUAAUGUUACAAAAAAGUGAGAAACAAGAAAUACAAAACCUAUAACUCCUUUAGAAAAAUAUUAAACACUGGUUUACUGAACCAGCUUUGGCCAUGUUUUACUUAAAGAAGUCUAUCUAUACUGCUACAAGAGGUUGCGCCCAGAAUCCAUAUAAUAUUCUCUCCAAUAAGAACAUAAAAAUCAAGUAAGUUGCAACAUUUACAAAAUUAAAUUGUCCUGUACUUGUAACUGUGCAACACAAACUACUUUCUCAAAUAAAAAAAUAGAUAUGAUCAUAUAAUAUGCAAUAUACAUAACAAAAAGUGCCGCAUUUACAAAAUGAACUACUUGAAUUGGGUCAUUUCUGUCAGGUAACUCUCUCAGCAGCAGACAGCAGAUAUUGGAUAUGCUCUGGACAAGUGUGUUUGUUAGAAAGAGCUGCUGUGACUGGCUGGCUGAAAUGUGGACAAGAGGGAACAUAAUAAUGGGACUAGAUUCCUUUCAGCAUGUGUUAUCAACCUGUUUUAGUGUGGUCUUAUGGGCCACUGCUAUGGUAAUAUAGUGUUUGUUAUCAUUUUUGUUAUCACUUUGGCCUGAUCUGAGUUGUUAGCAAGAGGCUACUUAAAUACCAGAGAGAGUCGGGUUUGUCCUGCACUUACAUUCUUUUUUGCAUCACUGGUGUUCACGUUUAGGUGAUGGUGUCUAAAAAGAGCGAGCAAGUUCAACGAACAACCAGCCACAUACUCAGAUGAACAAUGCCUGCAUUCAGCUUUCAUCUGACCCUCCUGCAUUUGUCCAUCAUCACUGUACAGUAGGUAACUAGUGUUCCCAAACACAAUACUUCUAUGAUGGUUGGGGCUCUUUCAAGUGCUGGUUGGUUUGUGGUUGCCUUGACUACAAAGUUUCAAAUUGAUUUCCACACACACAAAGAAUUAUGUAGGUGUUAACAAAGAUAUACAAAAUGUUCAUAAAGAGACACCACAUGGCUACAACAAUAUGCAGAAUGACAAAAGUCAAAUAUCAUGUGUAGCCCAUUUUGAGCAGCAGCUGCAUUAAUCGUGUACACAUACAUGCCAAACCAAAGGUCUAGUGCUAAAAAGCCAUCCAUCCAUCCAUCCAUCCAUCCAUCCAUCCACCAUCCAUCCAUCCAUUCUUCCAUUGACUUCGGCUUUUCCGGGGCCGGGUCACGGAGGCAGCGGGCGAAGCAGGUCGUUCCAGACAUCCCUCCCCCCAGCAAUGCUUUCCAGCUCUUCCUGGGGGAUGCCGAAGCGUUCCCAGGCCAGAUGAGAUAUAUAAUCCCUCCAGCAUGUUCUGGGUCUGUCCUGGGGUCUCAUCCCAAGCGGACGUGUUCGGAAAACCUCCAGAGGAAGUCUCCCUGGAGCCAUCCGAAUUAGAUGGCCAAACCACCUCCACUGGCUCCUUUCAACGUGAAGGAGCAGCAACUCUACUCCGAGUUUACUCUGAAUGUCUGAGCUCCUCACCCUAUCUCUAAGGCUGAGCCCAGCCACUGUACGGAGGGAGCGCAUUUCAGCUGCGUGUAUCCACGAUCUUGUUCUUUCGGUCACUACCCAGAGCUCAUGACCAUAGGUGAGGGUUGAAGCAUAGUUGGACUGGUAAAUUGAGAGCUUCUCCUUAUGGCUCAGCUCCCUCUUCACCACAACAGUCCGAUACAAUGCCUGCAUUACUGCUGACGCUGCACCAAUCUGCCUGUCCUUCUCACGCUCCAUUUUCCCAACACUCAUGAACAAGAUCCCGAGAUACUUGAACUCCUUCGCUUGGGGAAGCAACUCCCCCCCAACCCAGAGGGAGCAAUCCACCGGUUUCCAGCAGAGAACCAUGGCCUCAGACUUGGAGGUGCUGAUCCGCAUCCCCGCCACAUCACACUUGGCUGCAAACUGCUCCAGUGCGCGCCUUCUCCAGAUCUACAAAACACAUGUAGACUGGCAGGUCGAACUCCCAUGACCUCCUCAGCAGCUCCGCAAGAGUAAAGAGCUGGUCCACUGUUCCACGACCAGGACGGAAUUCACAUUGCUCCUAAUGAAUCCGAGGUUCAACAAUCGGUUGGAGCCUCCCUUCCAGCACCCUAGAGUAAACUUUCCCGGGGAGGCUCAGAAGUGUGAUACCCCUGUAGUUGGAGCACACUCUCCGGUCCCCCUUUUUGAAAGUGGGGACCACCACUCCAGUCUGCCACUCCCCAGGUACCGUACCCAAUGCCCAUGGAACAUUGUAGAGACGUGUCAACCAAGACAGUCCAACAAUGUCCAGAGCCUUCAGCAUCUCAGGGCGGAUCUCGUCCAUACCUGGCGCCUUACCAUCAAGGAGCUUCUUAACUACCUUGGUGACCUCUGCCACAGAUAUGAACGAAGAUACCCCCAAGUCUUCAGGCUCUGCCUCGCCCACAGAGGAUGUGUUGUGCUAAAAAGCUUUGAUACAAAUAUGCUUACACUCCUAGUUAGAAAAAAACCCAAGUUGUGGGUGUGUGUGUGUAGCUCUCUACCACGCUUCACUCUAGGCUGUGUGAGGUGAAGAGAUAGGAGAUCAUGGCCACCUCUUAGCUCCACCGAUGGCUUUAGCUUGGAAACCAGACUUUCGAAACACUGAAGAAACCACAACCAGACACCAAAGAGAUGUAGUGGGUACAUAUCUUAAAACCAUGUCGGACAGACAUAAAUAGGAGAAAAUUUAAAAAAAAAUCUAAAGCGAUAUUUAAACAGGUGUAAUAUGUGCUGUCUUUGUGGUCAUGGUUAGUAUAAAUAGACAUGCAUACAAAAAAACACAAUAUGCUGCAAUGUUCACAUUGGGCUAGCUUUGUCACACAACUCGUGAGAAUGAUCUGUCCACACAUAUGUUGAAGCUAAACCGAAGAGGGUUUUUUUUUGUCAAAAAUGAGACUCUUAUUUUUCCCUGCUUCACAACCAUGGUAACAGAUGCUGCACAGCUAAUCUGCUCCGAAGGAGAUUCUGAUUGGCUGUUAGAAGCGCCACCCUUUGACCAGUUUGUAAUAUCAUCAUAUCUGCAAACCUGUUUAGCAGUACAUUAGUAUUGCCACAGACCAAGGACGUGAAGUUGCAACACUCAAACUGUGUUGUCAUGGUAUCCCUAAUGUAUUCAGUUGGUGAUGCAGGAAUGGUGUCCAGGACAAACAUGUUGCUCCACUGAUUCAUAUUUUGUUAAGAGUUUACUUAUUUGUUAUUUGAAACAAAAAUGAAUUUUGAGAAUUUCAUAUGUUCAGACCUACAAAUUAAACAAACAAACAAACAAACAAAAAUAUUUCCCCCUGAAAACCAUAACUCCCACAGUCACAAGAUAUGGUGAAGACACAGACUAAGUUGUUCCCAGCUGAUCCAAGUGAUUGAAGGGCUCCAGCAGAGGCCAUUUUGUUUUAAUGAUCUUAGUCUUUGGUUGACCUUUCACUGCCUUUUUGAGUUUGUUGUGUGACAGUAUGGCAAGCCAAAGUAAACAAAGCCAAAAUUUGAAGAUCAUCUUUAAGCUGUCAGCUCUUAGACUCAUGGUAAACACUGAGCACCGGCCCUUCUUCUUUACUGCCAAAACAUUAGUUACAUUUUUGUCACUGUGCAUAAUUAUUGUGCAUUUUGUUAAAUAUUAAAUGGUAUAAUGAAAAUAUGUGGGGGAAAAAAAACAUUUUGUUCUUGUGGUGAAAUGCAUUUCUGAUGCAGAUAACACCUUCUCCUGUGCAUGUAUGAGCUCUCUGUCAAUCUAAAAGGAAAAAGGUCAAAAAUGCUUCUGCAUGACAUUUUAUUGUGAUAUUAUCAUGGGAAUAAAUCUAAUUAUACAGUGGAAUUUGUUCCACAAACCUACUGUUCCUCCAUAGAUCUCCACUGGGUUCUGUAAAGUGUCUUGAGACAAUUUGAAUUGUAAUUGGCGCUAGAUAAAUUAUAUAGAAUUGAACUGAAUUUAUUGGAUUGACAUGCUUUAAUGCCAGGUUCAGUGUCUUCAGGCACAUGUUUCUCUCUGUACUCUGUAUUGAUGCAUGUCUGAACUCAUAUUGUAGCAUACAUGUGGCUAAAUAAAGACACGAUGGCACUUC